UAUAAGCGACCAAUCAUCUGGCCUGUCCUCCAACCCGCCAAGCUUGGUGAGCCCACCGAACCUACGGACAAGGUUGCUUCCCCCUCCAUAGCCGUGUGGUCGCAUAUCAUAGACCUCUUCGAAUCCAUCUUGUUCUUUCUUGAACUCGUUUCACCUGCUCGUAUCUGUAUUCCGUGUCGUGUAUCCUAUUUGCUUCCAUUUUGUUGGUUGAAUUCAUCAGCUUCGGCUUCACAACUUCACUCAAAAGCCAAUCAUUGUAACCCCUCACCUAGUUGCGAUAAGAUCAUUUCGUCGCAUACAUCUUUAAGGCCUAGCUGUCGCAAAGCGCCUAUAAAUAACUUUUCCUCACAUUUCCCUGCGUCAUCCCGCGUCUACUGCUAGUACCUUUGCGCCUGUCGGUUGCCUUGCGAUCCGCGAACGGCAGAGUACGUGAAACAGGAUGGAUCGUCAUGGAAGGCCUGAUGAGGAGAUGUUCCUCAGCAAGCCUGCCGAGGAUUGCGACAGCCCUACCGUCGAACCUCUGAGGAUAUUCAAACCCCAGAGCCCUAAGCCUGCCUCCGAUAGAUUCAAAUAUCCCGCCCCGGCAUCUUCGAAGCCGAGUUUUCCGCUGCCGCCAGGCGCCUCUAGCUCUGCUGCGCCUCUACCGUACCCCGAUGAUGACGACCACCAGAUAGCUCAGCCAGUUGCCCAGUCAAGUCGACCUCCUUACCCAUCCGAUCAACGUCGGCCGUCUGGUAACAAGAUAUACAUAAGUCCUGUGAGCUCUACACACUCAGAUAGCUUUAACGACACGACCCCGCGAUUAGAUUCAAGUCCUGUUGAAAAGAAAGGGCCUGGUCUUGCAGAACGACGUGGUGCCGGUUUUAAACCUUUGCCAGGAGCGCUUAGUCCUGCUAGUCCCCCUGGAGACGACGGCGGCCUAUUUGCGAAACCGCUUGUUAACCAACCAAAACCGGCGGCUGCUUCUUCUAGUACAUCUUUCCCCAACUAUCAUCAGAAGCCCUAUUACCCUCCACCUAGAGGCAGUUCGGCAGCUUCGGGCUCAAGCUCGAACAAUAAUGUGCGGCCUCCGGUGAAUGAAGAUAGUUACCUCAAGAUGCCCGCGGAUAGUGGGGUGAAUCGUUUUGCCUCCACAGCUUCUACAUCCACUACAAGAGCAAGCCGAGGAUCCCCUCCUCCGCCAGAGACGCCUAUCGUUGAGCCAGGUACUAUCCCAGGAGGAAGUAUCGAGGCCAGAUAUGCGGCCGCUGGUAUAUCUGGAACUGCAACACUGAAUAGUCUUCAGAGCUCAGCGGCGACCCAACGGCUAGCGCAAUAUGGCCAACACCCAGCUACACAGCAAGCACCUCGUCCGUGGACGCCGACGGAAACUCCCGAACAACAACCGCAUGGACCUCCCACGGUUUACCAGGGAGCAAACCCUGUCGCAAGUCCUACAGCAUCGACGUUCAGUGCUCAGGCAGCGCGACCGCCAAACGCUAAUACAAACACAACUACUAACAAUAACAAUAACGCCAAUGGAAACGAAAAUGGCGGGCCUGCUCUUCAGAUCAGCGUGUUGGAACAAGACUUCCAGAGAAUGCAGAUGUCACCUAGCCCUCCGCCCGCAUAUUCCAGUAUCAACCCUGGUGGAAGCUCCUCGGCAUAUCCCAACGAGAAGCAACGGCCGGCCCAGCCGAGUUCAAGUUCAACCCCGGCACCGGCACCGGCUCAAGCUGCACAGUCAUCAUCCGCGGCAUCUCCACCGAAGAAGCAAGCCGAGAUAGCAGCCGCACUUGCGUCUCCGGCCCUGCAACAUCCCGGGCACCCUGCGUUUGCCAAUGAUCCGAGACCCGAAUCUCAACAGAGCAGCCAGCAAGUGCAAGCGCAAGUAGUUACCCAUACCCCAUCUCCAUUCCAAGGCCAAGGUCCUACUUCGCCGCCACCGUUACCAGAGGGUUGGAUUGCCCAUCUUGACCAGAAUUCCGGUCAGUACUAUUAUAUCCACUUAGCCACGCAAGCUACGCAAUGGGAGUUCCCUAAGGGACCAAACCCUAUUCACCAUGAAACUGCGCCACUAUCUCCCACGGCGUCAACGUAUGGCAACCCUCUCGCUUCGCCUAUGUUUGGCAAACAGAGUGCGAUGGCCUCGCCUAUGUUCCCACCGCAAACUCCGGGUUAUGCUGAGAGUAUUAUGAGUGUUGCAACGGCGACGCCAACCGCUGCUGGUUUUACAGGUCCUCCUGGUGUCGGCGUGGACAUGUACAAGGUCCAGCCGACAAAUGGUGUCUACUUCGGACCUUAUCUGAGAUACACGAAUAUGGACAUCGAGAAGGGAAUGUGGCUGGGAAGUAUUCUCAUAGUCACAGAUUCUCCUCAGCCGCCCACUAUCCACAUCCAUCUCAGUACCGAUCUAUCACCAAAUCCUCGCCAACUAACAGCUCGCUCUAUAUACACGCAUCAAAGGUGGCAAUUCUUUAAAUAUGAUGUCGAAUUGCAGAUGGGCGAAACUGGUACGGAAAGAUGGACUUACGCCGUCACCUCGCACCUCGGCUGCACUAGAUACGAAUUCGUAGUCGCAGGUCGAAGCGAGACUAACUGGCGCUUUAUCGCGCAUUCUGGAAACGACUUCGCCGCAAGCACGAAUCAAAAUGAGCGCAGCAAACUUGGCGGGCUUGGAUUUAUGUGGAAGGAUGUGCUGCAGAAGAAUGUUGACUGCGGCGGUUUCCACGUCCAGCUCGGCUUGGGCGAUCAGAUCUACGGGGACCGGCUAUGGAAAGAAGUACCACUCUUAAAACAGUGGCUUGCUAUGCCGGGUAAAGAUAAUAGAAAGAAUGCUUCGUGGACGGCGCGUCAUGAAGAGGACGUAUCGCACGCUUACUUCCACUUCUAUACUAGUCAUUUCGACCAGCCGUUCCUUCGUGAGGCGUUUGCGCAGAUUCCUCACGUCUGUCAAAUCGAUGACCACGACAUCUUUGACGGCUACGGCUCAUAUCCCGAUUACAUGCAAAACUCGCAGAUGUUCAAGAAUAUCGGCCGGAUAGCUGUGGACAUGUACUUACUCUUCCAGCACCACACCACACUGGAGGUCCUCCGAAACGUCAGUCAUGAUCUGGAUUUGUUCACCGUCACAGGCCAAGGCUGGCACUUCAUCAAAUAUCUUGGUCCUGCCGUGGUUGUGGUCGGUGUUGAUCUUCGGUCGGAGCGAACACAAAACCGCGUGCUCGCGGGUCCAACAUACCAGGGCUUAUUCCCUAAAGUCGCGAUGCUACCGCCCAGCGUACAGCACUGCCUCUGGAUGCUAUCAGUGCCUAUUGUCUACCCGCGACUCGACACGGUAGAGAGCCUAGCUAACACGUUUGCGACGGGUAAGAAGGCAGUCAAUAUGUCGUACAACGUAUUGGGCAAAGUCACAAGUUCGGUAGCGGGCAUCGUCGGCGGUAAGGAGAUGGUCGCACAGGGCUUCAGCCAAGUCAAAAAGGCCGUCGGCAAGUCCGGACUCAUGGGCAACGUAGUAAACCAAUUUGGCGACCUGGAUAUCAGCGAGAUCUUGAAGGAUAUGUGGACACACGAUAGUAAGGAUCUUGAGCGGACGUAUCUGAUCCGCACGCUGCAAGGCAUCUCGCACCAGAAGGGCUUGCGCAUGACAUUCUUGUCCGGAGACGUCAACGCCGCCGGCGCCGGUGUAGUCCACGACCCCGCACACCCAAGCGACCACAAAACAAUGUUCCAAAUAAUCACCUCCCCAAUCGUCGCCGCCCCCGCCGCACAGUACAUCCUAAAAAUGCUCCACAGCAACCGCGCGCACUACAUCCCACCCAACGGCCAACGGUCCUCCGCGCACAGCAGCAGCAACAGCAACGGCACCGGCGACAUCAGCGACACCAAAGAGGACAUGAUGGAGAUCUUCCACACCGACGCCUCGGGCUCCCCGCGCGAGUUGAAGAAACUCAUGGGAAGACGGAAUUACGUCGCCGUCGUCGCGUUCGACCCCGACGCCGUUCCUGCUACCCCGUAUGGCCCGAAUACCGUGGCCCAAAACGGCGGCUUGAAUCGCUUGAGCUUGGCGGUGGAUUUUGUGGUCCAGGGCGAUGGCGCGUUCACGGCGCCGACGAAGUAUGGGCCGGUUAUUGUGCCGCAUUUGGAGUUUGGGCGGUGAUGAGGGGGUUAGGGUGUGUUGUGUUAUGAGAUGUGAGAACAGAGAGAAGGGAUAGCGUAACGAAUGGUUGAUGUUGUAGCUGUCUAAGUGAAGCAAGCCUAGUUGUUGGUUUGGGGGUUUUGUGAUUGACUUCUUGGAUACGGGAUACCUUAUAUUAUGUAUAUGUAUCUAGGUAGGAGGUAGGAUGUAGUCAUGCCUGAAUGAUUAAGUCAAAGUUACCUAUGAAAGGUGUUGAUGUGUUUCUUCUUGAUACCUGCUGGGGUGUGUAUUUUAUGCCA